AUGUUAGUAAUCCCGACCCGUCCGACUGAGAUCGAUGUCCCAGCACGUCUCCGACGCGCAAUACUACAAAACGAUGUCUUGCUGGUCAAGCGCAUUAUAAAGAAUAAUCCGGUGUAUUUGGAGAAUCCGGAUUUUGAGGAUGGGAGUAAUACUUCUUUGCAUCUGGCGGCGAUUAAGGGGCAUUUGGAUAUUUUGAAACUGUUAUUAUCGCUCGGGCACGAUUCAUGCACACCCAACAUCGAUCGCACAGGCUAUGAUUCAGCGCCCGGCAUCAGCCUCAACAUCGACGGUUCUACCGCCCUCCAUCUCGCCGCCGCCCACUCACAUCCAGAUUGCGUCGACUUACUCUGUCGUACAUUCCCACAUACCAUCGACUGGAACGACAAUGAAGGUCGAACACCGCUCAUGCUAGCAGCGCAAAGCUCGAAUCCCAGCCAUGCUCCCGUCAGCACGAAUAGUUCCACCCAUAUCCCUCCUCCAACGGGUCGUCGGCCCCGCGCGGUGUCUACAAAUUCGGCAAUGGCCUCUGAAGAUAUCGCUACUAUUACGAUCCUCCUUUCAUAUAAUGCCUCGGUGAUCGCGACGGAUAAUUUGGGGAAUACGGCGCUACAUUAUGCUUCCGCUUGGGGGAACCUAAAGGCUGUCCGGGCUCUACUUGUUGCUGGAACGCCGCCGUUGUCGCCAAACAAAGCGAAUCAUACACCGCUCGACUAUUCAGUUACGAAGCAGGCGGCGCAGUAUUUCCAGAGUAUUGUGAAUGAGCUUGAGAAUAAUACCCGAUCGGAUGAUAUGAGACCGAACUCGUGGUUGGAUCAACAGCAGAAACUACAACCCGCCUUAAAGCUCAAUACAGCAGCGGUACGAGCAAUCGCGACACCGCCGGACGAAUCCAGAGCGGGCGGGACUCGAAUGUUAGGCUCUCCCAUGUCGUCGCCUGUCAAGAGUAAUCGGAAUGUAGAGCAGCGGCAGAUGCAGUAUCCUCACCACCAGCACCAAUCGAGUGACACGUCACCUGGGAAGAAGAAUCUUGGUGGUCUGAGGCUGGUAAUUGAUACGGAGAGUGCGGAGUACUCGGAUAUGGAUGAUGUGCCUUCGACGGCGAAGAGGAUUGAGCGGCCGUCUCUUGAUGAGCCAAGGAUGGUUCAGUCGUGA